AUGUCCAAGGGAGGAAAACAAAAGGUUGACAGACGGGCUGUUGCGGCAGCAAACGGCUACGUUCGAGGAGCGAACCGGGAACAAGACCAGCAUCGCUGUGAAUAUCAUUAUUCUGAUGAAUCCCUCAGUCUCCAGGACAAGGUUCUGUCAGUUUAUGUCUUAUGGGCAUCCGAAAAGGAUGAGAAGCUCCGAGGUGAAGGCCUUCACGAAGGACAACCAGCACCUGACCUUGCGACGGUGAAGGAUUUUAUACGGUUUUACAUUUUCUCUUCGCACGGAAUGAUCUCGCUGCGUCCUACGAAGUCUUCCGUGCUCAAUUUUGCCGAGCGAUUCUUUGCCGGGUUUACACGCCUUACAAAGUCGGUUUUUGAUAAUAUUCUUUAUACCAAAUUAGGACUACGUGGCUAUUCAACUAUUACAGUCUUGGCGCAGAGAUAUGAGAGCGCAGCCCAGAGACCUGGUGGUCCAGGAGAAUGUCAACAACGGUGUAUCAACGAUAUGCUGGGAAAGGCAGUGGAGCUGGGUUGUAGUAGCGAUGAUAUAACUUGUCUCUGCGGAACAGCAAAUUUUAAGUUUGGAAUCCGCGAUUGCACUAUUGGUGCAUGCAAGGAAUCCUGGCAGUCAGCUGUGGGAAUUGCCGAUACAUUCUGUAAAGGAGCUGCGGCAUCCCAGAAAGUUUCAAUCUCAUCUGUUUCAUCUCUGUCCAGUUCCAGUGCUAGCGCUAGGGCAACGGCUCCUCUCACGCCCUCGUCCACUCUGCCUUCAUCGAUUCCAACCUCAGUGAGCAAGCCAGUUCCAACAAGUCGUCCGACAUCUUCGACCCUUACUUUGACGUCAUCGGCAGCUGUGGGAAGGGGCAACACCAGUGCUAUCUUCAAGGGUAAUACAACGAAUGGAGUGAGUACCAAGCCAGAGGAAACUGUGCUCGUCGGACUCGGUCCUCAGGGUGCUGGAGCCUUAGCCCUCUGUGGCAUGGGUGUGGCAGCCGGUCGGGUCGAGGUCCAGGCCAAAACCCAGCUCCUGGCCUGGCUUGAGAAAACGACCGACGUCCUCGUCCCACAUGUGCGAGUUGCUGCCGCUGGUGGCAUUGUUGUCGGGCAUGAUAGAAUCAUUGCCAAAAAUGCAGGCGUUCGUGCUCCUUCCGUUCUCAACCCCAGCGCCCAGGCUUCUCUCUCGGCAUUUCUCUCGAGGACCACUACGGACAAGCUCGGAGCGGACAUUACCGCUGGUCUGCGCGCUGCGGCAUUGGGUGGUGCUGCCUCCGCUCUGAGCGUGGAAUCCCGCUCCGCCCUGUCCGCCUUUCUUUCUCAGUCUUCUUCUACCUGGGAUAAGAAUGUCAUCACUCUCGUCAAGGAGUGGCUAUCCAACGCUGUGGAAGGGAUCAGCAUCCCAUCCGGUGAAUCCCCCGAGAGUAUCCGGGUCUCGAUAUCUUUAAGGGCAGUCGUUUCGUCCCGCGUAUCUCCUUCGGGACAGCUUCGCCCUGUCGCUCAAUCUCUUCUGUCAUCCUUCUUGUCUACUCCCGCUGCCACAGAGCUAAAUCCUGCUGUUCGUGCCUCACUCCAGUCUGGCGUACAGGGGGAUCGGGCAUCGUCUCUAUCGGAACAUGCUGCGACCCAGUUGGGCCGUUUUCUCGCCGCCCCUGACAGCCCCUUGGACGCCACCUUGAAAGGCACGGUCAUCUAUUGGCUAUACAAACGCACAUCCUUCUCGGGAACCCGCUCUGUUCGCCUGGAUACCACAUCCAAACUAGCUGUUACCACAUUCCUCGCCGGCCCUAAGCGUGACGGCGUCAGUCCUACCAUUGUCGGGGCUCUAGUUGCGGCGGCCGCCGGUGCCGAUGUCACCAGCCUUUCGGAGGAGAGUGUGACUGAACUCAGCGGUCUCCUAUCCAAGAGUGCGAACACCGAACUGGACACGCACACGCAAACGUCUCUGAUCGGAUGGUUGACAUCGUCAGGCUCGGGCUCGAGCCCGGUGGUGGGCUCAGUUUCUGCCUCCGCCAGCCCGAUUUCUCCUAGCCGUGCUUCUCCUAGCCAUACUUCUCACGGCCAUAACUCCCACGGUCAUGUUUCUCACAGCCGUGUUCCUUCUAGCCGUGUUCCUUCUAGCCGUGUUCCUUCCAGCCGUGUUCCUUCCAGCCGUGUUCCUUCCAGCCGUGUUCCUUCCAGCCGUGUUCCUUCCAGCCGUGUUUCUCCCAGCCCAAGUGCUUCCAGCCCUGUCGCUUCCCCCUCUACGACUCCGAGAGUCUCUCCAGGUUCCUACUGGCUGGCCGACAUAACCCAUCAAGGAGUUGCUGCUUUCAACGCCAACCAGUCCGGCUACCAGGUGUUCCGUAACGUCAAGGACUACGGCGCUAAGGGCGACGGAGUCACCGACGAUACAACCGCAAUUAAUAGAGCCAUCAGCGACGGUGGCCGGUUCGGCCCUGCCGGUCGUCGGACGUCAACGACGACUCCUGCGAUCGUGUAUUUCCCAGCUGGCACCUACAUUGUCUCGGCUCCGAUCAUCGACUUCUACUUCACUCAGCUGAUCGGCAACCCCAACGCACUUCCCACCAUCAAGGCCUCGGCAUCAUUCACGGCCCCUUGGGUAAUCGACGGGGACCAGUAUCAGAGCGAUGGCAAACAGGGCUGGAUUUCCACGAAUAUAUUUCUUCGGCAGAUCCGAAACCUGGUGCUCGACUUGACUGCCAUUCCCGCCAGCGUGGAAGCUAGCGGCAUCCACUGGCCGACUGGACAGGCCACCAGCAUCCAAAACGUGCGUAUCCUGCUGAGCUCGGAUUUGGGAACGCAGCAUCAGGGUAUCUUCAUUGAAGACGGCUCCGGUGGUUUCAUCACCGACGUGACGAUUACUGGUGGGAAAUACGGCGCUAACCUGGGAAACCAGCAGUUUACCAUUCGCAACCUUUCCAUCUCCAACUCUCAGGUCGGGAUUUGGCAGCAGUGGAAUUGGGGAUGGACCUACCAAGGUGUUAACAUUGCCAACUGCACUACUGCUGUGGCUAUGACCAAUGGGGGCAUGGGUAAUCAGCUGGUAGGGUCCAUCGCCAUCAUCGACAGUACCAUUCGAGACUGUUCCGUCUUCGUGGACACCGUCUGGAGAGAAUCCGCAUGGAGCAAUGGAAGCUUGAUCCUGGAGAACGUGAAUCUUAACAACGUCCCGAUCGCCGUCAAUGGCUCCAGUGGUGCGGUCCUUGCCGGUUCUACCACCAGCAUCACCGUUGAGGCCUGGGGCCAGGGCCACCGAUACACGCCGUCCGGACCUGCCAAUUUCCAGGGCCCGCUGACCCCGGCGACACGACCCUCCUCCCUCCUGGCGCCCGGAUCCUCGCGUUACUAUACCAGAGCAAAGCCUCAGUACGAAUCAUACCCAGUUGCCUCAUUUGUGAGUAUCCGAAGCACUGGUGCGAUGGGAGAUGGGACCACCGAUGACACGGCUGCCAUCCAAGCAGCGCUACGGUCCGCGGCGUCGUCCAAGAAGAUCGUCUUCUUCGACCAGGGCGUGUAUCGUGUCACCGACACGAUCUAUCUUCCUCCGGGCUCCCGGAUUGUCGGUGAGGCAUUCCCGGUGAUCAUGGGUAGCGGCAGCAAGUUCUCCAACAAGGACCAGCCAAUUCCCGUCGUGCAGGUUGGACGAGCCGGGGAAUCGGGAUCCGUCGAGUGGUCCGACAUGAUGGUGAGCACUAAGGGCUCGACCCCCGGCGCGGUACUCGUCGAAUGGAACAUGGAGGCUACCCUGGGAUCCGGUAUGUGGGACGUCCAUGCCCGCAUUGGCGGCUUCGACGGUUCUGAGCUGCAAGUCGCGCAAUGUCCGACGUCCGCCGCCCCUUCCGCUCAGUGUGAGGCAGCUCAUACCACCGUCCAUGUCACCAGCAGUGCGGCCAACGUCUAUCUGGAGAACGUGUGGAUCUGGACAGCAGACCAUGACCUGGAUGAUCCAACCGAUACACGGAUCUCGAUCUACACCGGCCGUGGACUGUUGGUCGAGGGACGGAAUAUUUGGCUCUAUGGAACCUCUGUUGAGCACCAUUCGCUGUAUCAAUACCAUUUCUCCGGCGCCCAGAACGUCGUGGCGGGAUUCAUUCAGACGGAGACCCCAUACUGGCAACCGAACCCAGACGCAGCGAGUAGCCCCUUCCCUUCAAAUUCCACCCUGAACGACCCGGACUUCAACAACUGCCAACCAGGGAGCUGCAAUGCUCUUGGUCUCCGCAUCCACGAGAGCCGAGAUGUGGCCAUCUACGGUGCGGGACUGUACAGCUUCUUCAAUAACUACUCGACGAAGUGUUCGGAGGCUACCUCUUCAGAGAAGUGCCAGAGUGAGAUCUUCCGGGUCGAUGGAAGCGUGCCUGGCCUGGUGGUUUACGCACUGAACACGAUCGGGACAACAAAUAUGGUUGUCCAGGAUGGAAAAGUACUGGCUCGGUAUGGUGAUAACAUGGCUUCUAUUGAAAGUGUCAUUGCAUACCUUAGCACAGAGGCACAGUAG